AUGUCUGAAGACACAGACAGUGUGUUCGACCUCAACGAGGUCCCUGAGACCGAGCUGCUGGACAGCAGCGUCCAGAAGGGCCGCGCCCACAGUCCGUCACACUCCACUCGCUCACCUCUCCACCUGGCCAUGCGAGGCCCCUCCCCCUUUCCUGAUUCGCUGCUGUCGGGUCGGAGCCCCGCCUUCUCGUUCAACUCAACUCUGGUGCGUCUCUCUCCGGAGAACGAAGGAGCCUCAUUGGCCGGCGCCCCUCAGCUGACCAAUGCCACGUCUCAGGAGGCCUUGGUCACGCCCAGCAGCUCGCCCUCAAGGUCCGGCCCCUCCCCCGAUGGCCCCCGGGUCUACAUGAGGAGGAGCAGGAGGCCCGACAGCGAAGGUACACACCUGAGACACACGACUCCAGCAGAGUCCACGAGUCCGACUGUCGUCUUUGACAAGAAGACCAAGAGACGCUUCCUGGACCUCGGGGUGACGCUCAGGCGCUCCUACAUCCGAGUGAGGAAAGACAAAUCCAGCAGGCGCUCCGUGGGCAGCCGGGAGAGUCCUUCUCCUUCCUCUGGCUCCUUCGUCCCCUUCUCCUGGUGCACUGAAGGACGGGGGUCUCCCUCCUCCCCCAGAGCCCCCCCACUGGGCCCCCCCACUGGCCCCCCCACUGGGCCCCCCGCGACCCGCAGGUCUCAGUCCCAGGAGUCGGCUCUCAGUGAGGAGGCCUCUCCUCCUCUUCCUCACACCUCCUCCUCUUCCUCUCCUCCGGUUGACUCCUCCAGAUCCUCACACCCGUACCACACGCUGUCCUCUUAUGAGCCCUUGGAGGACCCGUCCUCUCUCGUGUCGUCGUGGACGACCCAGCAGGUCUGUCAUUGGCUGAGAGGACUCAACAUGGAGCAAUAUGCCCCAGAGUUCAGUGCGAGAGACGUGGACGGACAGCAGCUGCUGCAGAUGGACGGCAACAAGCUGAAGGCUCUGGACGUGCUCAGCUCGGCUGAUCGUAACACUCUGAAGCGGCGCAUCAAAGAUCUUCUCUCUGCAGCCGAGAGGGAACGAAAAGCUCUGAGACAGAAAGAAAAACAACGAAGAAGAGACAGCGAACAUCUCAGGGAAUGA